AUGGCAGAAGCGUUCGGUGUCUUCAAGUCUUCAUUAACAAUGGAACCUCAUUCUUAUGUGUGUGUGGACUACAAGUCGAAAUUCCGACAUGGUGGCAGGUAUGACAGCUACCCUUCACUAAUUAGUGUGUUGGCUACACCGGCAACAUCGCCGACCAUGAUCAUGGACAGCGAUCAAUUGCAGCUUGAAGAGUUCAUAGCCGGCACUCGAAUCAACAUGCCAUUCAACUACUGUGCAUAUAUCGACUUCUCUGGUGAACAUCGCAUUGGUCAUCUCGACCUCAAUUCCAACAAAAUCCAGCCUCUGUCGUUGGUAUCAGGCACUUGUCUUUCAAAUUUAUACGAAGUCAUUGAAGCCGGUGAAAUAAACAUUACGAUAUCACGAGAGGACCAAAUCUCGCUAUCUGAUGUCAAAUUACUUCCCCCAAUCUCUGGAAGGGAUAUUCUGGCAGUUGGCAAGAACUAUCCUACCUUACCAGUAAUAUUCACCAAAUGCGCAACAUCAAUUGUGGCACAUGGUGAAUCUGUCCUACUUCAUCCUGGAUUUACCGAGACGCCGGACUAUGAGGGUGAAGUUGGAGUCAUCAUUGGGAAAGCAGGACAUAAAAUUCCCGAAUCCGAGGCCAUGGAUUAUGUUUGGGGUUAUACCAUAAUUAACGAUUUCACCGCUCGCGAACGUCAACGAGAUCACAAGCAAUUCUUCAUCGGCAAGUCGCCGGAUACAUACUGCCCUAUAGGACCCGUCGCAGUACCCAAGGAAUAUCUACCAACCAACCUACGACUGCAGACUUUUGUCAACGGAGAAAAGAGACAAGAUGCAACGAUUGACCAGCUGAUUUUUAGUGUCCCGCAUCUCAUUUCGUGCUUGUCGCAGGCCCAGACACUGCAACCGGGUGACACGAUAGCUACUGGCACACCCUACGGAGUCGGAUUCGGAUUUCGACCUAUGAAAUUCCUCAAGGCUGGAGACGAAGUGAAAGUAUCUAUUACCGGACUAGGAACUCUGACGAAUCGCAUUGCUGCUGCAGACGCAGUCAAUCCCACUGUUGACCUUGUGAAAGCGCAAUCGCCUAUCCCCAUUUCCAACCAGAAAGCACGAGGUCAUAAUGGCCUCUUAAAAGUUGGCAACAAAGAGCUCUUCUAUCAAUUCCUGGGCCAGAGAGACGGUCCUCAAACUAUCUUCAUACAUGGACUGGGUGGAUCAUCGACCUAUUUUUCUCCUCUUUACAAAAAGCUUCAAGCUACACAUGGGUUACAUCUUAUCGAUCUCGAAGGCCAAGGUUUAUCGCCCACAAGUGCGUUAAGUAAUCUUACCAUCGAAUCGUUUGCAUCAGAUAUUCACGACAUAUACAAAUCAGUUCGACCGGAUUCCAAACCCGCCACGAUCAUUGCCCACUCUAUGGGCUGCUUGGUAGCCGUGAAGUUCGCUCUGGAGAAUACAAGUUUAGUCUCAUCGCUAGUUCUUAUGGGGCCUUCUCCAUCUCCCUUAUCCCAGGCCAGCAGUAUCGCAAUUUUCGCACGUGCAGAGUCCGUCCCCAACAAAGGCAUGCUUGCAGUAGUGGAUACCAUGGUCAAUACAGAUCUUUCCAUUGAGACAAAGACUGACAAUCCCCUAGCAGUGGCCGCAACACGCAUGUCUCUACUCGGUCAAGAUCCAGAGGGAUUCGCAAAGGCAUGCAUGGCACUGGCGAGAUCGGCCGAGGAGAUUCUAGAUAUAGCUCAAUUACCAGCGUCAUGCAAGACUUUGAUUAUCGCUGGUCUCGAAGAUGAGUUUAGUACGCCGGAUGUAUGUUCUGACUAUGGGAAGCGUAUAAAGUCUUCUGAAGUGAAGGUUUUGGAUGGUGUUGCGCAAUGGCAUUUAUUUGAGGAUGUCAAGGGUACCUCUGAUGCCAUUUAUUCUUUUUUAGGAGUGCCUUAGUCUUAUAUGCCAUGGCUGAGACUUAGUACAUAUGUGAAAAUAUCCAUAAUGUCUAGCAAUGGAAUCGAUUCCCAAAGAGUAUCACAAUUCUCGCCAGUACAAAUGCAGUAGCAGCUAUUCCAUAUCAAAGAACAUAUUUGUACAAAUUUUGUCAUAGUCUACACAUUACAAUGUCUUCAACAAGUCCAAAGCUCCUCCUAACCUGCAAGACUGCGAACGACAUAGGAAUCCAUGUAAAGAUUCUGGGCAUUAUAUUAUUAUUAGUAUAGCAAUCAAUAAUCGACAAGCCGUAUACCCACCCGCUCUAAAUCAACAGAAACCUAACAUAAAUAAGCGAACAUGAUUCAAGCAAAAUCAAUUAUCCUCCGACCGUCUAGGUCUAGAUCUAGUCCUGCUCCCUAAGGAGUAAUUCGUGCCUAUUUGAAAUAUCCCGGACGACUGUCCGUUAGCUGCCAUGUCACUGAGAUUCGAAGUCCGACGACGUAGACGUCGCUCCGCAUCGUCUUGUUCCCUCUGCUGUAGAGAUUCAGAAGGGAGAAGAAUAGCUCGAUCAAGCGCAUACGGCAAUCCACGGUGUCGACCACGAAUCUGCAUAGCAAUGAUGACCAACUUCGAAAUGACCCUGAACUGCCCGGAAAAGGAUGCAUUCGUGUUUGGGUAUCCAAGGGACAGACCAACUGUGCCGUACGCGGAGACGAUUUCGAACAGGACGGCGAAUAGAGAGAAUGCAUAACUAUCUGCGCCACUCUCCAAGCGAUCGGCUUCAACAAUGGCAAUGAUGAACAGUCCCAAGAAGAUAUACCACAAAUCGAAACUCAAUUGCCGGCGUAAAUGAGCACCAAUGUAGCUAGGUUCAGUUACGUCUUCCGCUUCUUCUUCGGCCGAGCCGUAUAUACCGAGACUUCUCUCCUCGUACACAUUGGUUCGUCGCAUGGAAAUGGCGAUUGGGAAGACGGAGAUGUACAUCAUAAUCAGAUAGGAUACCUGGAUGGCCGGGUGCAAAGCUGAGAGAUUUACUACUCCGAAUCCAGCAGUUCUUGUCGAAAAUGCCUGGAACAGACCAUCCAACACCCGGUAACC